UUUUUUUUACCCCCCCCGGGUGGCGGGGCAGGGUGGCUCCGCGGGGGUAUUUCCAGCAGUGGCACUCGGGGUGCUCAUUGCUCAUCGAGGUGCCGACAGCGGAGCCAUGGCCGAGGAGCAGCGGGACCUCAUGUCCGACCGCGGCAGCGGUGUGCUCAGUCUUGGGGACACCCAGAGGUCUGCAUGGGGCCGCAAAGCCGCCCUCUCCACACUCUCCAUCCUGGUGGCCCUGCUGAUUGCUGGCCAGGCUGUCACCAUCUACUUCGUCUACCAGCAGAAUGGGCAGAUCAGCAAACUGACCAAGACCUCCCAGACCCUGCAGCUGGAGGCACUGCAGAGGAAGCUGCCUGCAAGUGCCAAGCCGGCCAACAAGAUGAAGAUGGCCAUGGUGAACACACCCCUGGCCAUGAAAGUCCUGCCUCUCGCCCCCUCUGCAGAGAUUAUGGACAUGUCACCCCCUAGCAACAGAACCGAGGACCAAGUGAAGCACCUGCUGUUGCAAGGAGACCCCAGGAAGAUGUUCCCGGAUCUGAAGGCCAACCUGAUGGACAACAUGAAGACCCUGAAGAACACCAUGACUGAUAUGGACUGGAAGGCCUUUGAGUCCUGGAUGCACAAGUGGCUGCUGUUUGAAAUGGCCAAGAACCCCAAGCCAGAGGAUCCUAAGAUGAUCCCAGCAGAGAAAGUGCAAACUAAAUGCCAGGCGGAGGCCAAUUAUGGGGGUGUCCAUCCGGGUCGCUUCCGACCCCAGUGUGAUGAGAGCGGCGACUACCUGCCAAAGCAGUGCAAUGCCAGCACGGGCUACUGCUGGUGCUCCUACAAAAAUGGCACCAGGAUUGAGGGCACUGCCACUCGGGAAAAACUGGACUGCCCCGAUACCACCACGACCACUGUCACUACCACCACUGUGGAGCCAGGGAUGGCCUCUGGGGUGGACAUGUAGAAGCUGGGUCUGGAGAAAGGCGAGUAGAAGAGGACGCCAGCAGAUGCCUGUCCCCUCUUCAGCAUCCCAGCUCCCAUGUUUGUUUUUUCCUCUACUUCAUUUCUGCUCUUACAUUGCUUUCCUGAGACGAUUAACAGUGGGCAUCCCUGCGUGUUCCUGGCCCUUCAGGCAUUGGUUGCGACCCCUCCCCUGCUGCAGGGCUGAGCUGCCGCCAGGAUCAGUGCUAGAGAUGGAGUGUUCCCUUGGAGUGGGGGUAAAGCAGGCUGGAAAAUGAUUUCAGCAAUGUCAGAGCCAUAAAUCCUGGUGCCUUUUGCUCAGUGGCAGAGCUCACCCCUGCUGAAGAAUGAGCCACUAAUGCUUUCUUACACUGAACAAACAUUAAAAGCAGCAAGACAACCUCCAUCAGCUUCUUAACUGACCCCUGUAGGCUGAGGCCCUGUUAAGAUUCCUACACUAAAGGGUGUUUUUGUGGAGUGCUCAGCUUUGUAGAGAUGCUCGCCUUCAGCUUUUGCUUUCAGGCUGGAGAACAGCCGCAGCAGUGGGUAACAGCGGGGCGGAGGAGCCCACCCUGGAGGCAGAGGGGCUUCCAAUUUUCCCGAAUUGAUCUGCUAAUUCCUUUAUAAAUGACUUCACAAGCUAAUUAUUUCAAAUAAACUUUUGAAUAAGGAAUCCUAAUAAAAACUCCAUCAGGGCAGUGCUUGCAAA